CCUGGUCCCCAGUUAUCUCUUGAGUGUCCAUCCUCCCUCUCUGCCCUCAGCCAACUCUGUGAAGGGUAUUCCUCCCCAGAGACUGCAGACUCCAGGCAUCCAGACUCCAGAGGGCUCAGUUCUUCUCACAAGUACUCAUAAAAAGACCUCUCCAUCUUUGCCUCCUUUUUCUAAGUCCUGGGCUCCCAGAGGUGGGCUGGCAGCAAAGGCCCAGGUGCUGCAUACUCAGAGUGGGCAGAAGCCUAGAGGGCCUUUCCCUGUUCAUAGGAGCCUGGUGCCUCCCAGGCUGGCCAGAGCCAACUCAGCUGGAAGGGGCCAGAGGAGCUUAGCAAUAAUUCAGGGACUCCAGCUCUUUGGAAUCUGUUGCCAGGAAACAAGGAGACAGGCACGUGCAUCCCUGGGGAGAGGAAUCAGUUUCCAGCCCAGACAAAGAAGUGAAAUGUAAGCCCAAGGUGCCCACUGGGGGCCUGAGGACCUUCCACUCCAGCUCAUUGAGGCUGAGUAGGGACACAGGAUGGAGCCCAGCUGAGGACACAACUGGUAUGACCAUAGUCACCAGGGCUCCAGUGUGUGUCCCAUUCCUCAGGAUUUUGUGAAUGGAAGAAGAUUUUUCUGGAGACAUGCAUGCUAAGAGAUGGACAACCUCAAAUACUUCUAGACCCAAAAGAAGGCCUCCCUAGAGACAGAGAGAUAGAGAAGGCCUGUCUAGAGACAUUAUUCUUGGCCAAUAUGGGUCAAGACAACGGGAUAAGAUGGUGGAAGCCUGUUCCAUCUCCCACCCCCCCACCAACUCCUUUGGAUCAGGUUCAUUUCCUGGGCACUGUGCCAGUGGGGAGGCUGGUGCAUCUUUAAUGAAGUCACCAGAUCCCUCGGACAGGCUCUUGGCCUCACCAAGUUUCUGGAGCCAGACUCACUGGUAUCCAUUGAGCCACCACCUUCCUGUGCCUGGAUGCCAGGCCUCUUCCCCCUGCAGCCAUGAACCAGGCCUUCUGGAAAACCUACAAGUCCAAAGUGCUACAGACCCUGAGUGGGGAAUCUGAGGAAGACCUGGCAGAUGAGAGGGAGAACCCAGCAUUAGUGGAGUCUGAGAUGGCAGAGCCAAUGGAGGAGACCUUCAAUCCCAUGUCACAGCUGGCCCGCCGGGUUCAGGGGGUCGGGGUGAAAGGCUGGCUGACAAUGUCGUCUCUGUUUAACAAAGAAGAUGAGGAUAAGCUGCUGCCGCCGGAGCCUUGUGCUGACCACCCUCUGGCGGCACGACCCCCCUCGCAGGCUGCGGCGGCGGCGGAGGCGCGAGGCCCGGGCUUCUGGGACACGUUCGCCAGCAGGUGGCAGCAGCAGCAAGCGGCGGCUGCGUCCAUGCUGCGCGGCGCUGAGCCUACCGCAGAGCCGGACCCCGAACCCGGGGACGAGGCCUUCGAGCGCCCCGAGUCGCAGGAGGCCGAGCCGGUGGCCGGCUUCAAGUGGGGCUUCCUCACCCACAAACUGGCCGAGAUGAGGGUGAAGGCCACGCCCAAGGGCGACUAGCGAGCUGGCCGAAC